UUAGCUUGGGUAGAGAUACUGGUUCGGUCUGUGGAUACUACAGGUGCCGUAUACUGGUCAGGAAACCACAAUUUGGCCGCGUGAGAGCCUUUCCAAAAUAAUGCCAUGUUUAACACUAGAUUUUUAGGGUUCUCAUCCUCGCAGGAGCCGUGUUUACGGACAGUAUUCCUUUCCUUUUUGGUUCGGAAAAUGUUCCAGCCGAUGCCAUUGACGCGCAGAGAAUUUUCGGGGCGCACGGGCCACCCCUCAGCCCUCAGCGAUCACUACUUCGCCCGCUGUUGUUUUGGUUAUGAAGAAAAAUAUACUAGAAACUUUUGGUCACCAAUACUCUAUUACUUUCAAGGACGAUCGGAUGAGUGUGCACGAGCUAAUGGUUGGCAACUUACCCCACCCAUUUAUCUAUGCCACUUCACGAAAAAACCACUCCUUUGCAUGACCUAAACCAUGGGCUUGUCCCCACCGUGUAAAAACGUAAAGGUGAACCAUAUCAGGAUGAGCCUGGACAUAUGGCA